UCUCUCCUUAAAAUUUGGUCGGAGCGGAAAAACGAAAAUAAUUGGUGUAUUUGUAUUGAGGUUUCCCUCCAUUUUCAAAAUAUCUCAAAUCCCCUCCCAACCGAACCAUCUUUCAAACACUUUUUCACCUUCCCUCUUUCUUCACCCCCCUUCAAAUACAAAACCCUAGAAUUUCCCAAACUCAAAUUUGGAGCCAAAAACAUUCUCCCCAAUUUCAACCCUUCAAAUUCCAUUUCUCAAUUUCAAAUUCCUUACCAACACACGCAAACACAGAGCCUCUGAAUCCGACAUGGAAGCCCAUCUCAGAGAAACCCUAGAACCCGACUCUGCUCCUUCAGAUUUUACUGUUUCCGAAGAAAUGUUUGAUGGGUCUUCAUCAUUGUCUCCUGAAAUGCCUGUUUCUGAAGAAAACCUUGGUGAGUCUUCAACAUCUUUGCAUGCUGAAGCCCUCGGUGAUCCUUCUUUGGUUGCUGCAUCUAAUCAAAAUGGGUCUUCUCCAAAACCCCAAGAUGAUCGAUCUUUGGUCCUUUUGGCGUCGAAUCCAACUGGGUCGUCAACAAUUUUACCUCCUAUUAACCAAACCCUAAGUUGGUCUUCUUCUAUGCCUGCGCAAACAGAACCCGUUGAUGAUUAUCCCAAUUUCUCUAUCUGUAGUGAUGACGAAGCCCUAGAAGUGGAGCCGUUUGCCUCUUCCCCUGAUCGCUUUUUCCGUAACAAUUUAUUGGAAUCUUCGUCAUCGCGACGGUCUUCUUCACAUGGUUCUUCGCCAUGGCCAUCUUGCUCUUCCUCCAGAGGCACCUGGUCUUCAUCGCCUUCAGCCCUUUCAUUCUCUAUCGGCGAUAUCAAGCCAUCUAUGGUGGGUGCAGGGCUUGCAAAUCUAGGCAACACAUGCUUUAUCAAUGCCGUCUUGCAAUGCUUUACGCAUACUGUGCCACUUGUCCAGGUUCUUCUUUCUUGCAGUCACGCCAUGCCCUGUGACCGUGGCAGCGAAGGGUUCUGUGUUCUUUGUGCUCUCAUUGACCAUGUUGAACGGUCCUUAGCUUCUUCUGGAGGGGUUAUUUCACCUUUGAAACUUGUCGAUAAUUUGAACCAUAUAUCAUCUUUUUUUCAGAGAUACCAGCAGGAAGAUGCCCAUGAAUUUUUGCAAUGCUUUUUAGAUAAACUUGAGAGGUGUUGUUUGGAUUUGAAUAUAAAGGAUAAGACUCUGUUACCCCAAGAUAAUAACCUUGUGGAAAGGGUUUUUGGAGGCCGUCUUGUAAGUAAGCUUCGAUGUUGCAAUUGUGGACACUCUUCCGACACAUAUGAGCCUCUGAUAGACCUGAGUUUGGAGAUUGAAGACGUGGACACUCUUCCAAGUGCUUUGGAGUCUUUUACCAAAGUGGAAAAGAUUGAAGAUUCAGAGACAAAGUUUACAUGUGAGAACUGCAAGGAAGAAGUGUUGGUGGAGAAGCAGUUUAUGCUGGACCAGGCUCCUUCAGUUGCUGCAUUCCAUUUGAAAAGAUUCAAAACUGAUGGGUCCUUUGUUGAGAAGGUUGACAAGCAUGUGCAAUUCCCUUUGGAGUUGGAUUUGCAGCCCUUCACCACUGGCAGUCAGCACAAUAAUGUGGAAUUGAAGUAUAACCUGUAUGCAAUUGUUGUGCAUAUUGGGUUUUCAUCUACUUCUGGGCAUUACUUCUGCUUCAUUCGUUCCUCCCCAGCAACAUGGCAUAGGUUGGAUGACUCGAAGGUCACUAGUGUUGCAGAAGAGUUUGUGCUAUCUCAGGAGGCCUACAUUCUGUUCUAUGCAAGGGAGGGUACACCCUGGUUUUCAAGUUUAAUGGAAGCACAAAAGCCAUUAUUUGAUCCAAACAUAUUCAAUACAUCUCCUAAGUCAGUUCUGGAUAAUGCGGAUAGUGUCUGUGCUUCAUAUCCUAGCGUGGCUGGCAUUAUUAAUUGUGAUGCCAAUGAAUCCAGAAAUGCUGCUGAGGGAAAUUCUUCUAUGUUCUCCUGUGGAUCAAGACAAGAAGGGGUUGAGGUCAAUGAAGCUAGAGAUGCUGCUGCUGGGAGUUCUGGAUAUUUAUCAUGCAGAUCAAAGCAAGAUGAACUGAGGUCCAAUGACCCUAAAGAUGGUACUCCCAUGGAUUACACUUCAACACAACUUGGGGCUCAUACUCGCUGUGAUGGAUCUUACAAUGAUGAGAAAUUGUGCACUACAUCCUCCCUUGGGGGAAAUAGCUGCCAAAAGGGCAUUGAUGAAGUUAAAGACGACGGUUUUCAUUCUCUAACUCCACCUGGAUCUCCAAGUCCAGAUAAGGCUUCUUUGGCAUCUCCUGGUGUGACGUAUCAUAUUCCCCGUAACCAUCUUAAAAAGGAGAAGCAAGUUAGUUGUAAAAAACAGUUGAACAAGGCUCUGGAAGAUUCAGAUUCAGAGAGAAGGGAAGCUGUGAGAUACCUUUCAAAGAGUGCGCCCCAUGGAAGGAACACGAAACUUCUUGCUGCUGUGCUAGGAAGCCAUAGUGAUGGUCCUCUGAACAAGAGGAAAAGAAUGGUAUCUUCCCCAUGUAAGAAGACCAGCACCCCUAGUGCACGUCGGAAACCUAACCAUGGUUCAAUCAUGCAGCCCGUGGCAGCUGCAAUUUUCAGGUGACACUGAGUUUUUGCUUAACAUACCUGUCUUUUGAGAGUUCUGCUUUUGUAAUUGAUAUUACAUGAAGUGCAACACUUAUGGAAGUUUUUGAUAAGAGAUUGAAAUAAAUUGACAUAACCGAUGAGUAAUGAUAAAUGUAAGACUCAUGUUCUUGUGUUUUUUUAGAAUUGAUGUGCUUUUUAAAAUAAUCAUUGGAUUUUGAUUUAAUGAUAUUUUAAAAAAUCGCUUCAGUUUUGGAAGGAUACGAGGAGGAUAUGAGGGUGACAUCUAGCAUUACUUAUAACCAAUAUCAUCAUAAAUAGAUUGACAGUUGA